AUGGAUCUGAUUAGCUGGUCUAUCAGCGCAAUUGUCAAGGUUUUUUCAACAAGACACAGUGCACCAGGAGAGCCGUCCUGCCCUGACGGGACCUUCGCCGCUGGUUAUGCCUUGGAAGAUCGCGUGGAGGCCCGGACCGAGAACUGGCUCCGUGGACACACGGUUCGGUCUGAGGACGGGUGGAGAAAAGUGGAUACUAUCUUGCGCCAAGUGACGGAACUCUUUUUGGAUCCAAUCAACAUAACAAUCACUGUGAAUGUGUUGGAGAUAUUUGGAGUGGACGAGAAGGCUCAGACUAUGACAUUGGUCAUAUCACAAUAUCUGACAUGGCCAAUAGAGGGGCUGCACUGGAAUGAGAGGGAGUGCGGAACAAACAGAGUUUCUGUCCCUCGGGAAAAUCUUUGGAUCCCAGACAUCCACAUCUCAGAGUUCUUGGGCGAAGACAACUCUCCCAAAAGCACGCACGUCUUUUUACACAACACUGGAGAUGUUUUAGAGAGUAAAACCAUUAGAGUGGUCAGUUCCUGCCCACUGGUCAUCUACGCUUUUCCCUUCGAUGUGCAAAACUGCUCCCUGACAUUCAAAUCCUAUUUGCACCAAGAUUCAGAUAUCAGGAUGAUUCAGGGCGCUACAACAGAAGAAACUCUGCAAGCAUCCAAAAAACUCAUUACCUCCAAUGGGGAGUGGGAGCUUGUCGACAUAAAAAUAGCUCCAUCGGUCCUUACAUUAAGCAAAGGAAAUUAUUCUGAGAUGAAAUACCAUAUUGUCCUAAAACGUCAACCCAUGCUGUAUGUGGUGAACCUGCUGCUCCCCAGAUGCUUUCUUAUUACAGUGGACCUUUUUAGCUUCCUGCUGCCUCCACAAAGUGUGGACCGCUCCUCCUUCAAGAUGACCCUGAUCCUGGGUUACACAGUCUUUCUGCUCAUCAUGAACGACCUGCUGCCCGUCACCGGGCAGACCACACCUCUCAUGAAUGUAUUUUUCUCAAUCAGCCUGGCGCUGAUGGUGGCCAGUCUGCUGGAGACGAUAUUCAUCACCAACAUCCAGUUCGCAUCCAGCCAAUACAGUACAGCGCCUCGCUGGAUCACCAUACUUGUCCUGCGUUACCUCGCUCUUGUGGUUUGUCUGCCCCCCCAGAAAAAAAGCAGCAGAGUCACUGUGUCGCUCCAGCAACCCAACGAACUACAUAUCAGCAAGAACCCGGAGAACUCAAAUGACAGCAUCACUGACAGCACAAUUGGGGAGGAACCCCAGAAAACCAUAGACCCUCAGCAGAACCUCUUGGAUGAGCUGAGGAAACUGAGUAAAGACCUGAUCGCCAUUCGCCUACACGUGGACAACCACUUUAAAAGUACCAAUACUUCACAGGAGUGGUACAUGAUUGGGAUAGUGGUGGAUCGCUUACUCUUUGCAAUAUACGUCAUCUUCAUCCUCACCAGCUUCCUCACCAUCACAUUCAUCUGGAUCUGGAGUGAUUCAUUUUAA